GCAUGAUUGAGAUUGAUGUUUACUAUGACUUUGCGUGCCCGUGGUGUUAUGUAGGAUUACUUCGUCUUGAUGCAGCGCUUUCGCAGUUCCACGAAAAAGUAGAUGUCAGAGGUCACACUGUAUUCCUUGGUCUAUCUGUUGAUUUUAGUAUAUGAUUGAUCCCGCGACAUCUUUGGAUGGAGAAACCGUGGAAGGAUAUUCUAUGCGUAGAUGGGGAUCAACUGAUUGGAUCAACGGAUUAAGGGAAAGUGGAAAGAAGGACAGGAUCACGUUCAACAAUUGGAAAUUUUGGCCGAAUUCGUUCAACGCCCAUCGAGUCAUGAUGUACGCUCGGUCCAUCCAUUUCAAGGACGUUCACAAUCUCGCCCUUACAAUAUACAACGCCUUGAGACACUAA